AUGACUAUUGAAAGUUUCAAAGAAAAGCUAUCAACAUUAAAUAAAUGUUUUGUAGAUAAAAUAACAGAAGAAUUUAGUAAAACUCCUCAUGCUGAUUUUACACCUUGCAUGUUAGAUUAUAUUAAACAUUUAAGUGGUAUUGAUGAUGAAUGUUGUGACCACUUUUCUAGGACUAAUGGUGUAUCAAGUCCAAAAUUUCCAGCUCAAAAAAUUACAGAGAAUCCUUUACUGCCGACAAUUGUUCCAAAAUUACCUCCACCAGAACCAGUUAAAAGUGGAAGAGUAGGAGGAAAAAUAAAAAGAAAAGCUUCAAGUAGUAUAGAUGAUGAAAUGAAUAAUGAUGAAGAUAGUGGAUCAAGAAAAAAUGGCACCUUUGUUGUUCCUGCUGCUCCAAAAUCUACGACAUCAUUUGAAUCUAAGCCAUCUUUAUUUGGUAGCAAUGCUAAGCUGCCAGAUUCUUCAAAACCAAUUCCUAUGUUUAAUUUUCCUACAAUGGACUCAAAAACAACAUCUACAAAUAUUUUUACAUCACCAUCUAGUUUGACAGAUGAGAAAGAUAAAAAUGUAACAAAGGAAAAAACGUAUAGUAUUUUUAACAGUGGUACUUUAUCAGAUAUUUCUAAAAAACCUGAGGAUUCUGAUAAUGAUAAAUCAAAUACUAAACCAUCUUAUCCAAGUCUAUUUGGUUCUACUGAUAAUACAAAACCAAUGUUUUCUUUCAUGUCGGCUCCUGUUAGUCAAGAAAAAGAUGGAAAAACUCAAACUAAAUCAACAUUACCAACAUUUUGUUUUCAACCUAAUACAACAGUUAGUGAAAAAAAAAAUGAAGAGGAAAACAAAGGUGAAGAAGAGAACGACGAGGAAGAAGAACAGCAAGAAAAGUAUGAUCCAUUACAAGCAGACAAAGAUGCAUUAUAUAAUGUGAAAUGCUCUCUUCAUCAGCUAAUUGACAAGCAGUAUGUUAAAAAAGGUGUAGCUUUCAUUAAUGUAAAAGAAUUAGAUGGAAAAAAAGUUAUAAUUGUAAGAGCAACAAAUGCAAUUGGAUCAAUUCUUAUUAAUACUCAUAUAAAUGAAAACUUAAAAGUAGCCAAAUUGGAAGGAACCAAAGUACGAUUAUCAUUUCCAAAUAGUAAUGGAAGUGAAAUGGAAACGUGGAUUGCACGUGUACCAGGAGAAAAUGACGUCAAAGAACUACUUGAAAAUUUGAAGUUUUAA